UGGGCUCUGGUUCUUAACUGUAAUUUUUAUCUGCAUCUAAAACUUAACAUAUUCAGUCUGAAGGUCAGAAGAUUGGUUAUCUUGAGUUAGUUGAAGGAGCAGGUGAGCUGUGACUCCGUGAGCAUGACAAACCAACAAAGUGUCUCCUAGCUCCCUCGGAUUUGGCUGCUUCACUUGCAGUUGGUAUCAAAAGCAGCUAGUCGAUGUACUGAGCUGUCGAUGCCGGGCGUCCCCACGCAGAUGGUUCAGACCCGCGGCUCCAGCCGGAGCUCGGCGCCCCCGUCAGCUCCAUCGGGCGGUGGAAGGGCCACCGGUGCCGCGUCUGGUGUCGGCGAGCAGCCCACGGGAUCUCGCAAAGCGCAGAAACGGCGCCCGCCCUCAACCGCCGCCACCAGCAAGAAGAAGGUGAAGGUGCUGAAGGCUGAAGACUCCAAACCCGCCCUCGGCCCCGCGCAGGUCGCGGUGAAGUCUGCGGUCUCUCGGCCGGCUGCUGUCCGCGCUGUGCUACCCCCUGUGAAGGAGGAGGGAACAGCGCUCUGCCGGGCGCCGUUCGAAGCCACCGGACAGCUGUACGUGGGCGCCCAUGUGUCCGGAGCGGGCGGCCUGUGGAACGCGGUGCGGGAGGCGCACGACAUCGGAGCCCGCUCGUUUGCACUGUUCCUGGCCUCCCAGCGCACCUGGAACCGGAAACCUCUCUCGGAGGAGGACGCCGCCCGGUUCAGAGAAGCCAUGCAGAAUUACGGCUACUCGGGUGACCUGGUGGUGCCCCACGGCUCCUACCUGAUGAACCUCGGCUCUCCGGAGCCGGAGACCCGCUCCAAGAGCUGCGCCCUGCUGCUGGACGAGCUGCAGCGCUGUCAGAAGCUGGGCCUGCCCCUCUUCAACUUCCACCCAGGCUCAACGUGCGGGAAAAUCAGCCGAGACGAGAGCGUCGCCCACAUCGCUCGGGGCAUCAACGACGCCCUCGGUGUGACCAGCGGGGUCACAGUGCUGCUGGAGAACAUGUCACGCCAGGGCAACACACUGGGCGGUGACCUGCGCGAGCUGCGGGCAAUCAUCGACCUGGUGGAGGACCAGGACCGGAUCGGAGUCUGUCUGGACACGUGUCACGCACACGCGGCAGGGUACGACCUAUCGACCGAGGCCGGUUUCAGCAUGCUGAUGGCUGACUUUGAGUCCGUCCUGGGCCUGAACAGACUCCGCGCCGUCCACCUCAAUGACUCGAAAAGUCUUGUCGGAAGUCACAAGGACCGUCACGAGAAUAUUGGCAAGGGCACCAUUGGAAAGGCCGGUAUAAUGCGUGUGCUGGCCGACCCGCGCUUCCAGCGGCUACCGAUAGUGCUCGAGACGCCGUACGUCGACGACGGCAUCUACCGGCGAGAGAUCAAACUGCUAUAUGGCAUGAUCGGCGCGUGAUGGCGCGGGCGCCGUGGCCUGGAAGGACCAGGUGUUGGAUGUUAAUGUUGGAUCUGACGGGUGUGUCAUUUUUGUACAACUCAGUGUGGUGAAAGUAAUACACGACCUUUUU